AUGGCGCGUACCAAGCAGGUUCCUGGGCCGUCUCCGCGUAAGACGCGAGGUCAAGCAGCGGCAGACACAGCGGCAGCCGAGGCCAUGUCUCAGGUGGCACCGCCGAUGACGCAGGAGGAGGACGAGGACUACGAUGCUGACGUCAAUGACCUGGCCCCACCCGCCACGCAAGAUGCUGGCAGUGCGUCUGAGGAGCGUGAAGAGCCUGCGGUUGAUAGGGCUGAGGCUGACACACGUUCCGAGAAAGAGACGCCUGCUGGUCCUGGCAAGGCUAGUAGCAAGAACAAAGACAAAGGCAAAGGCAAGGGCAAGGGCAAAGGCAAGGGCAAAACCACAGUCAUAGCUGCUGCCGUCUCAGAGGCGACCGCCACAAAUGCACCAGCGGCGGGCACUGAAGUGCAGGGCAAGCCGCCGGCAUUGGACGUCGAAGUGACUCAGGCCAUGGAGGGGCGACCAAUCGCUAGCUCAGAUGAACGCGCUACCACCCCCACCACUUUUGCGCCCCCUGCCAAUCAAGUUGUACGCGUCGGCGCAAGUCUCUUCUCUCACGGCCACGGCCGCCCCAUCUACGUCUACAUGGCGCCUUGCCGCGACCGUCAUCGCCUCGAAGAUGCCGCUACGCAACACGGCGCCAUCUUCACCAACAAGCAGGACGCCGACCUUUGGCGUGCCCGUAAUUUUGAUGAAGACGAUGACCGCGUGAUUGAGGAUUUCGUCUCGCGCAAUGGUCAUCUGGCUUCCUACAAUGGCACGGCGCUGUGGAAGGCUAUGGUUGACCAACAGGUGUUGGUGGGUCGUGAUUGGCAAUCCUUGAAGAAUCGCUUUGUCAAGGUUAUUCAGCCUCGUCUUAUGCAUACUGGCAAGGUGCUGCCUCGUCCCUCGACACCCACCAAAUCGCCACACCAUACCCGUGACUUUCUCGAGUUUCAGCCCGAUCGCAGUCGAGUGCUCAAUCUGGAUUCGUCUCAAGCCCCACCGCCAAAACGAGCGCUGAUCACAUCGCAGGACCCACUCGUGUCGACGCUCCAGGUGAUUCGUGAGACCACCACGGCCAAGGAUUUGGAUAUCCUCGUGGCCUUGCACCGUGCCUCAGGCGUGGUUGAGCAAGCCAUUCGUCUGCUUCGAAAGGAAGACCUGGACAUCAAGGUCUGGGACGACCCCAAUGCCGACAAACUUCUGCUAUCCGAAGAUCCGGCUAACAUGAUGCCUCUCACUACAUCCUAUGGCUUUCGUAUCCAAACAGCCAAAUGCUGCCUUCUGCGUCCACCGGCGAGUAAAUUGUCGCACUUGGGCAGCCAGUACAAAAACAAAAGCAAAAACAAAAACAAAAACGAAAAGAAAAACAAGAAUGAAACAACGAGUUAA